AUGGUCCCCUCACCCGGCCUCGACAGCUGGUGGUGGCGCUUCAUCGAGAACUAUGUCUAUCGCGUCCCGGAACCACCGCCUCGCACGCGCACGACACCGAUGCAAGUCAUCUGCGUCGGUCCGCCACGAUCCGGCACCGAGUCCCUGCAGCAGGCGCUCCUCGCUCUUGGCUACGACUAUACCUACCAUGGGUGGGACAUCAUGUUUGAGACCCCGCAUCGCAUGCCCACGUGGGCGCGCCUCUGCCGCAAGAAGUGGUACGGAGCGGCGGACGGCGAGGCGGACCUCACGGCGGUCGACUUCGACGCGGUGCUGGGCCACGCCGCCGCCGUGACGGACGCGGCGGCGAGCGUAUUCGCGGCCGAGCUCAUCGCCGCGUACCCGGAGGCCAAGGUCGUGCUCAACACGCGCGCCGACCUCGACGAGUGGUACCGCAGCGUGGACAAGACUAUUGUAGGCGUAAACGACAGUUGGGUGUUUUGGCUGACGGGGCUGUUCAACCGCGAGGCAUUCUGGGCGUGGCACGUCGCCGAGCGGCUCAUGUGGGCGCUGCUGUUUCGCGCACCGGAUGGGAACAUGGCCACGGCGAUUCGCAGAAACGGAAAGUGGAUCUACAGAGAGCACUGCAGCAUGAUCCGGGGCCUGGUGCCCAAGGACCGCCUUCUGGAGUGGAACGUCGGCGAUGGCUGGGAGCCGCUUUGCGCGUUCCUCGACAAGCCCGUGCCGGACAUGGACUUUCCGCAUGCGAAUGCCAUGGGGACAGGAUGGAAACAGCGAGAGGACCAAGUUACGAAGCUCUGGGUCGGCAAGGCGUUCCGAAACAUGGCAGUCAUCUUUGGCACCAUCGUCGGCAUAGGAGCGGUGUGUUACAAGUAUCUGUAA